AUGUCCAGUGCAACACCAAAUUCUCGUGUUUCAUUCGCCUCUUUGUCUUCAAAUAACUUGGGCACGGUUAGGAAGCUGAACUCUGUGUUGUUUCCCAUCAAAUACUCGGAGAAAUUCUACAACGACAUAUUGAAUCCUGAUUAUGAGGAAUUUUGUAAGCUUGUGUACUAUAAUGACGUCCCAGUCGGCACGAUCUGCUGUCGUUUGGAAACCAAAGGCGAUCAGACACACCUCUAUCUCAUGACGAUGGGUAUUCUUGCACCCUAUCGUUCAAGAAAGCUAGGCUCUGAGAGCCUUGAUCUCGUCCUUCGUGCCGCAUCAUCUCAUCAUCAACCGAAAAUCGAUAAAAUAUAUCUUCACGUCCAGAUAUCCAAUGGUGAUGCGAAGAGGUUUUACGAGCGACAUGGUUUCCAGGAAGUCGGGAUUCACGAAGACUACUACAAAAAAAUUGCCCCUCAUGAUGCUUGGAUUCUUGAAAAGGCAAUUUCAGCUGCUUGAUACGAGUUUACAGUCUCGAUAUUUCGUUUCGAGUGCUGGUUUCAAACUAGCACGUGGCUUUAUGUAGGAGGGGGAAAAGAACUGUCGAUGAAUCAGAAAAGUGUUGGUUUACAUCCUUUCCACCGUCUAAUUUAUAUCAUGUUGUCGUCAAAUGUACCGCACUUUUUAACAAGCUGGUAAACCUGAUGACGCU